AUGAACAACUACGGUGCGUUCGCCGCUCUGCCGUCCUACGCCCUUCCGUCGACUGCAACUCCUGCUCAAUUCACUUACGCGAUGAACAACGUCCCGGCGAUCGGAAUGUUCAACAGCUCUACAUAUACAUCAGGUUUCCAUUUAUCAACGUCGCGGGAACGCGCUCACGAGACUCCGACACAACACAAGAGGAAAACUGAUUGUCCUGCGCACACGGUAUUGCGCGUCACGGCGGGUGUUAAUCGCAUUUCAAUUUGCAUUUUGACGAGUUGUCGACAGUUUUCCAUGAAGACAAAAUGGCUUUAAAAUGAUAUUUUCAGCUAUGAUUCCGAGGAAAAAUCGCCGUGAAAGGACGACCUUCAGCCGACAGCAGCUCGACGUUCUGGAGGCUCUCUUCGCAGAAACUCAUUAUCCGGACGUAUUCGCUCGGGAACGUGUCGCUGAUCAGAUUCAACUCCAAGAAAGCCGAAUUCAGGUUGGUUUAUUUCUAGGUUUGAUAGAAUGUACUUUAUGAAACCAUUGGCCGGCCUAAAUUAACUAGAGCUAGUGGUGGUACUUUUUUUUGGACUCCUUGGAUUUUUCCACUUCAAUCAUAAUAACUAAAUCCUUAUCAAACCUAAUUGAAGGAUAAUUACGACUUUACUAAUUCGUUUUAUGAACUGUAAAAAGAGUUAUUCAUUAUACUAAAUGUUCAGGUUUGGUUCAAAAAUCGUCGUGCAAAGCAUCGGCAACAGGAGAAACAGAAGCCGAAAACGGAAAAGAAAAGUAAGGAUUUCCGAGGUAAACUAACCGAAAUAACAUUUUCAGCACUUGCGGCAGCCGUGAAAGGCAACGUUUCUCCGUUGUACCAGCCUCAGAUGAACAGCGAACCAGAGAGGUAGCUCGUAACGUGUAAAAAAAAACACCUUUUUUCAUGGAAUUUUGAAGCGAUUAUCGAUUGAAUUUGGUCUGUUGAUCAAGAAGAUCAAGUAUACCCUGCGCAAAAAGGUUACUGUAGAGCGGUGAUAUCGCGCUGAUUGGCGAGCGCCACUUUGAUUGACAGGUUGAUAACAACACGCUUUCCCACAAACCACCGUUACAAUCAUAAGCCUUGCCUCUUCAAUUCAAAAUUUAUCCUCCCCUAUUCUGUCAAUCUCAUGUUUAUCAUUAGUACUGUAGGAAAAACUUCGAUCUUUGUGUUGGUGGAGUACAUUUUGAAUAUUCUUAUCUUGAUUUUUCAGUGAGUCGAAGCCGUCGUUGCUGGCGAACCGCAAAGAGCUUUCUCCAGUCAGGACGCCGGCCAGUGGCAACAGCAGCUCCGGCGCUGGAGACAACAGCUGGACCGGAAGCGACACAAUCAACACGGUACUAACAAUUGAAAAACUUUUAAUGAAGAUCCUCCGAACUGCUAUUUUUAUGAUUUUUUGUUUUGGGUUCCUAUUUUGAAAUUCAAAUUGAGAAGGAAAGCAUUCGAGUUAGUAACAGUUUUAGUACCCUUAUCAAAACGACCAAUAUUCAAAGAUUCAAGUUCAAAAAUUGACAACAGAGAUUCGGUUUCAAUUUUAGCUUGAGGCAAACAUUCGGGAAAGAUUUUUGAACAAAAAUCCCCAGAUUGAAUCCGAUUUUCUCCGGAUUUUCCUGCGCCCAUUAAUCCUACUGUUUUCUAAACAAAAAAAUCGCUAUUUCUGCAGAUUUUUUUCUGAAAAAAAUUGUUAUUUUACCGUUUUUUUGUCUUUUUUUGAACACUUGACAGAAUUACAUAUCUGGAAUUACUAUGAGUCACAAAAAAAAAAUUGAAAAACGACGACCAAAAAGCAAAAUUUAUCUAUGGAGCACAAAGUAGUCUCACUAAUUCUCCUAAUUGAUUCAGAGCGUCACUUCGUCUCCGGCGCCGACUUCGUUGCCCACGAGCGUUUCGACCUCCACGCAACCCGCGACGCUCACCGUCUCUCUGAGCAACCCGGUCGUGUACAACUCCUACCCGUUGUACCCCAGCUACUCCAUGAUCGACGGCAACAACCCUUACUACUACGCUCCGACCUACACUCCUGGAAUGAAUCCAUACCAAAGCAAUCCCUACUUCUUCCCCAGUGGAUCCCUCUGA